CGAGAAAUCUGGUGAUAAGGCUUCUGGUGGUGAAGACCAGGACAAGGAGAAAAAGUCUGAGAAGAAACAGAAAAGUAGCAAGAAAGAUAAGGACGCAAAAAGAAAACAAAUAAACGAUCCUUUACUAACCGAAAAACUAUCAGAUUCAGAUGGUGAUGAAGAUAAAAAGACAAGGAAGAAGAAAUCUAAAGAAAAAUCUGAAGAGGAUGCAGACAUGUCAGACAAGGGUUCUAUAAAACGUCGCACAAGGGGUAGUAAAAAAUCCCAAAACCAGGAAUUGAAUGAAAGUGAAGAUUCCGAUGAUAAGGAAGAAGAAUCUGAGAAGUUGGCUGAAGAUAAGAAGUCAAACGAUGAAGAUGGUGAUGGUGACAAGAAGUCUGGUGAAGAUCAGGAGAUGGAAAGUGAGAAGUCUGAUAAUGAAGAUGGUGAUGGUGAGAAGAAGAACAGUGAUGAUGAGAAAAAUACUGAUGAUGAGAAAAAGAAUGAUGAUAAGAUCAGUUUUGAUAGCGAUGACAGCGAUGAUAUCAAAAUGAUCAAGAAAAAGAAAGACUCGGAUGACGACGAUUCUGAUGAUGAGAAGGAAAAUAAAGAUAAGAGCGAUUCAGACAGCGAUAGCGAUAUUGUGGUGACCAAAAGGAGAAGGACCAAGCGGAAAAAAGAUUCAGACGAUUCCGAUAAAAGUUCCGAUUCUGACAAAAAAACCAAAAAGAAGAGGAGGAGAGUCAAAACUGGUGACGACAGUAGUGCAGGUUCUGGUUCGGACGCAGACAGUCCCAAUAAAGGCCGUAAAAAUAUACGAAAGGUCAUCAAAACUAAAAAUUUGGAUGAAGCCACAUUGCAAGCAGCCAAGGAAGAAAAAGAACGCAAGGCGAGGAUCGAGGAGAGACAAAAAUUGUAUAAUUCCUUGUACGACGACAAACUGAUGAAGGAAGCCAAAGUCGACAAGCUGGUCCUCGAUUUCGAUCCGGAGACUAAAAAAGAGUUAAUAACAGUCCAUAAGAAACUUGUGAAACAUCUGAAACCUCAUCAGGCUACUGGUGUUAAAUUCAUGUUUGACGCCUGCUUUGAGAGCGUUAAACAGAUCGACAAGGGCUACGGUUCGGGGUGCAUUUUGGCCCAUUGUAUGGGCUUGGGAAAAUCUUUACAGGUUGUGACCCUGGUGCAUACUUUGUUAAUGCACGAAGAGUUAACGAAAGUCCGGUGCGUCCUGGUGGUGUGUCCUUUGAGUACAGUACUCAAUUGGGUUAAUGAAUUUACAAUUUGGCUCAAGAAUAUAAACGAUGGAGAGGAUAUUAAUAUCUAUGAACUGUCCAAGUUUAAGAAGAACAAUGAGAGAGCCUUUCAAUUAUCCGAUUGGCAAAAAUGUGGUGGAGUCAUGAUCAUGGGUUACGACAUGUUUAGGAAUCUAACGAACGAUAAAGGAGCACGUUUAAGAAAAAAGAUGAAGGAGUCUCUUCAAAGGAGUCUUGUUGACCCAGGGCCAGAUUUGGUGGUUUGCGACGAAGGUCAUUUGUUGAAGAAUGAAAAAACAAGUUUAAGUCAGGCUAUGACAAAGAUUAAAACCGGGAAAAGGAUUGUUUUGACGGGAACGCCUGUGCAGAACAACUUGAAAGAAUAUUAUUGCAUGGUUCAAUUUGUCAAACCAAAUUUACUCGGCAAAUAUAAUGAAUACAUGAACAGGUUUGUUAAUCCCAUCACGAAUGGACAAUAUACCGAUUCGACGCCAAGGGACAUCGAAAUUAUGAAACGAAGGUCUCAUGUUUUGCAUAAAAUGCUUGAUGGCUGUGUACAGAGACGUGACUACAGCGUAUUGGCCCCAUUCUUGCCACCAAAACACGAAUACGUACUAUUUAUAAAUUUAACAGAACUGCAGAUCAAGUUGUAUCAAUUUUAUCUGGAUAACUUUGCAAGGCGUCCAGCAGCAGAUAGAAAGAACAGCUCGUUUUUGUUCCCUGAUUUCCAAAAUUUCCAAAGAAUUUGGACGCAUCCUCGAGUUAUGAAGGCCAACAGCGAGAGAUACGAACGGGAUCAGGCGAAAAAGGCUGAAAGAGACACGGAUUCCGAAGGAUCUUUAGUAGAUUUCAUAGACGAUUCAGGCAGCAACGAAUCAUCUUCGGAGGAAGAAUCCAUGUCCAUGAGCGGUUCGUCCGAUGAAUCUAACAAAAAGGGCUCUUCCAGAAAGAACGCCGAUAAUAAUGCAAGAAACACCAGAGCCAGCAGGAGAAACCAAGGUCUUCCUGCACCGCCGCAAGAAGAGGAGGAAAAUGAGACUGAAGAAAAAAGAGAAAAUCCUACCGAAUGGUGGAUGCCACUUUGUCCCGAAGAGGAAUUAGACUAUUUGAAGCACAGUGGAAAAUUGAUGCUGCUUUUUGAUAUUUUGAAGGAAUGCGAGACCAUCGGCGAUAAAAUAUUGGUAUUCUCUCAAUCCCUCUACUCCUUGGACGUCAUCGAACAUUUCUUAUCCCAAAUCGACGAACGGACGCAGAAUCAGAGCGACAAUGUUCUUGGACAUCGAGGAUCCUGGUCACCUGGAUUGGAUUACUUUAGAUUGGACGGUUCUACGUCCUGCGAAAACCGGGCUGCCUGGUGCAAGAGUUUUAACAGGGCGGAUAACAUCAGAGCGAGACUGUUUCUAAUUUCCACAAGAGCAGGAGGCCUAGGUAUCAAUUUAGUAGCAGCUAAUCGAGUAAUCAUCUUUGAUGUGUCUUGGAAUCCUUCACACGAUGUCCAAAGUAUCUUCAGAGUGUACAGAUUUGGACAGAAGAAGCCUUGUUAUAUAUACAGAUUUAUAGCACGGGGUACGAUGGAAGAAAAAGUGUAUGAACGACAGGUGACCAAGCAGGCUAUAUCCAAGAGAGUUAUAGAUGAACAACAAAUUGAUAGGCAUUACAAUUCUAAUGAUCUCAACGAAUUAUACAAAUUUGAGCCAAUCCCGGCAGAGCCUCGACCGACUCCAAAGUUGCCAAAAGAUCGACUCUUCGCCGAACUCUUGCACGGACAUGACAAAUUAAUUUAUCAUUUCCACGAACAUGAUUCCUUAUUAGAAAACAAGGAAGAGGAGACUCUUGAUGAAGAGGAAAGAAAAGCAGCCUGGGAGGAGUUCGAGAACGAAAAGAAGGCUCCGCCGCCGCAGAUGUAUCAGCACCAACAAUAUGGUCGAGGUAACUUUGGAACUGGUAGCAACCUAUUCGGUAUACCAAUGAACAUGGUGCUCAGUUUACUGACGACAAUGGUGAAGGCAGACAACCCAAUGCUGACUGACAACGAAGUUAAAUCUGUCAUACCAGCAAUGUCGCAGAAACUGAUUGCUGCCACACAAGCUGGAGACUAUUCGAUUUUGGAACGGAUGAAGAGUCUGUACGUGCAGCAGCAGAAUAUGAUUUUGCAGCAGCAAUACAAUAAUAUGUCGUAUCAAGGACAGUAUGUUGGUGCAGUAAAUCAGCCAAACCAGAUGUACAUCCAGCAACAGCAGAUGAUGCUGAAACAACAACAACAGCAACAGCAACUUCUGAAGCAACAGCAACAAAUGGCGAGGAUGAACCAGCAGCAAACAUCGAGAUUGGUGAAUCCCUUCAGCAAAACUACCAACCACCAGCCUUCGAUUCUUAAGAACAAUCAACCAUCAGCAACAGCACCUGCCAGCAGCACGGUUGCAUCGAGCAGAAGCAGGAGGCUUCCAAGUCUACAAGACUUUGUCGACUUGGACUCGGAUUAAAAAGAUCAACACAAACAUCACCACCAUUUCAUAAAAUAUUAUCAUUAAUUGUAAAGCUUACUUUUUAAACACAUCUGUGUCUGUAUUUGAAUUUGAGUAAGCAGUGAUAUAAUUAAUUAAUUAAUUAAUAAUGAAUUUAAUAAGUAUGUGGAGGAAUUUUGUUUUAAAUGGUGGUACAUAGGAGGAAGUCGGAAAUUUAAGGUAAAUAAUUGACUAAUGUUUGGGUAAAAUAGAAUUGUUGUGUUAUGGGUCUAUUUUUGGAUGAGUUGGUAGACACCCACAUCCUUCAG